UUUCAGAUUUCAUAAUCAACAGUACAUUUUAUUUCGCUGUUUUCGCACAGAAUGGACACAACUCUGGUGGAUUUCUCUGACAUGAGGUGGCAGCGGGGAGACUUGAGCUUCAUCUUUAAUGGACACCUCAGACCCAACGUCUCCUUGGUCGUCCUCGACAACGAACUUAAGGUGUUCCAGAGAAUACGAUGUGAGGAGACAGAGAUGGAGAUAGAGGAGGAGGUGGAUAUCCUGAUGAGCAGCGACGUUGUGGCGGCUCAGAUGUCAACAAAGGCCAUCACCUUCCAACGGGCGCAGACCGGCUGGGUCUUCAGAGAGGACAAGACGGAGUCAGUGGGCACGUUUUCAGCUGACUACUACCAUAUAGGUGGGAUUCUCCUGGAGUCAAGGAAAAGGAGAGAACAUUUGUCUGCGGAAGACCUGAAGAAGAAUAAGGAGCUGCUGGACAGUCUCAGUCGAGGAUUCUUUGUGGAAAACAGCUGUGAUCAGCCCUGUGUGAGGAGGGAGUCCAUCCAGCCCCCACCUCCCUCUCCUGUUAGCUGGGAUGAGUACGUCACCGCACCCUCUGGAAGGUGGCCACACCUGGGCAGACCUAUGGUCGUCAAGGAGACCAGGAAGUCUCUCAAGGCAACCGUUGCCAUGAGUGAAGAGUUUCCUAUCAGACUAGACAGGCUGCUGGAUGUUCUGGAGAUCAUCGCUCCCUUUAAGCAUUUCCUGAAGCUGAGAGAGUUUGUCCAACUGAAGCUGCCGUCAGGAUUCCCCGUCAAGAUAGAAAUUCCCGUCCUCCCGACCAUCACAGCGAAGAUCACAUUUCAGGACUUCCAGGCGAGAGACUCAGACUUUUACCCAGAAUCCUUCUUCUGCAUCCCCAACAACUUCAAAGAAGACCCCAACAGGUUCCCUGACUUGUGAACACCUGUCACCCCUGUGGAGCAGUGGACCUGCCCAUUACCUGCCUUCUUCUGUCCCUGUCUGGAUUGGUCCAUGUGUGGAAAAUUGUGCAUUUUAAAUCUUACAAAAAUCUACCAUUUUUCAAUUUCACAAUUUCUAAGAUAAGGAUCUUGAAAACAUUAUAGUCCACCUUUGAAAUAUACAUAAUAUGAUACAAAAUUACUCAUGGAUCCACAAUGUUUGCCAAGUUAAGUUAACAUGUACAGAUGUGCAUUAAUUUUUUAAAGGACACCGAAUUCUACCAUUACUUUCAUGUUGUAUUUAGAACUGUGCAAAAAGUCAAAUAUUUAAAGAUAAAUUAACCCCUCCCUGCUGAGUUAUCCUAGACCAUGAUGAACACUUGUGUCAUGGAUAUAUCCUUAGCAGCUGCAGGGUUAACCACAGAGACAAGUAUGACCACAAAGUGCCAUGACUUUGGAUAGGAAAUAUUGUGUUGUACAGAUAUAUUAUGUGUAACUUAACGUUAAACAUUAAUGUCCUAAGAUCGUUAAAGAGGUGUUAAAAGGGCUGGGAUUGAUGUUUAUGGUGUCUGUGUACAAUUUGUCCCCUUAGUAAAAAGUAAUUGCUGAGUUCGUGACCAUAUGCAUAUGAAAAUUGGAUUUGUCUAACUCUUGAUUUGAUAAUUUGAAUACGAAACACAUGCAAUGUUUAAGUAUGAUAGUUCUUAAUCUCUUAAAAAUGGUGAUCUGUGAGAUAUUUGGUUGCCCAGUGGUCCAUCAGAAAGUGAAUGUUCGGUGUUGAGUGAGGAAGGGUGAAGGCCGGCAACUUUCAACCUAUUUUGUGCCUACCGUUGCCAUGGUGAAAUAUUCAAGGUGGAAACUAUUUAAUUAGACAUCAUGCCUUAAUAUAUGAGACACAAAGAUGAUAUGUGUUGGGAUAGAUAUAAGCUGCAGAGGUUUUUGGUGUUUAAGAUUUGAGUAUUGUCUGAAAUGAUGAUUUCACCGCAGCAAGAAGUCUGUAUAUAUACUGUACAUCUGAUUUAUGUAUUUAAGUUUAUGACAAUGAAAUCUAACAUUUUAUCUGGCUCCAUGUAAAACAUCUAUAUGUAUUAAUGUGUACUACGAAGAAGCUAAGCACAUCAGGUUUUCAUGUGAAGAUUACCUUUCAUUAGUUUGUGAGGGAAUACGGUUUUGAAUUCCAAACUUUGAAGUUUGUAAUUCUAUCUCCAACUACCUGCUUGUUGAUAAAAAAGAAAUACAGCAAAUAAUCCCAUCACUGAUGUUAUAUAAAACACCUUUUGGAUAAAAGCUUAUACAUAAUUAUGUAAUAGAUGUUGGGGGAAACCUAUUGCUGUUAAGCUCUUAAGAAACUUUUAAGAUUUGAUAAAGGGUUUAUCUCAAAGAUUUGAUACUGGUGAUCAUGACUGAGUUUUGUGUACAUGUAGUUCAGAGAAAGACUGAAUAUAUGCAUCUCUACAAUGUUCCAUGAUAGUCUCCUUAGCACCGGCUGUACGUCUGUCUUUUGGGGCUUUAAAUGUGCUUUUGUUUCUUAUGGCAUAUCAGUCCUCGAUUCCUUGUAGAAUUGAAGUUUGCAAUUGCAUACCAAUUUUCCCUAGGAAGCAUUUUGUUUUAAAAAGUAUUUCCCGUUGAAAC